AUGAAGAUCGUCGGACUGUCCGGCGGCAUCGCCACGGGGAAGAGCACGGCGUCGGAACUCAUCGCUGGGCACGGGAUCGCCGUCGUGGAUUGCGACGUGAUCGCGCACGAGGUGGUGAAGCCGGGGCGGUGGGCCUGGCGGCGAGUUGUGGCAGCGUUUGGGAACGACAUCCUUCUUGACAAUGGGGAGCUGAACCGCGAUCUACUGGGGCGUAUCGUGUUCAACGAUCCAGCGGCAAGGAAGAAACUGAACCGCGCAACACAUCUACCAGUUCUGCUGGAGAUGGCUCGUCAACUGCUGACCCACUGGAUGCUUUGUGCACAUGUGGUGGUGGUGGACAUGCCUUUGCUGUUCGACAUCAAGGCGCAGGGUUUCUUCAAGCCAGCUGUGCUGGUGGAUUGCGAUGAGCAUACUCAGCUGUCGCGGUUGAUGGCGAGGGAUGGCUCCUCUCAGCAGGACGCGAGUGCGAGGAUCAACUCGCAGAUGCCAUUGGCACAGAAGCGGGAAUUGGCAGACGUGUGCUUGGACAACAGUGGCAGUCGUGAGGAACUGGCCCGGCAGGUGGCCGAAGUCGUUGCCGAGUGGCAGAAGGGCCGCUGGAGAAGCUGGUUGACGUCGCCUGUGACAUUGGUUGGAGGGUUAGCCGUGGCUGUGUCAUACUUUCUGUGA